GAUACACAAACAGUACCCGGCCUCGAAUCCUGCGGUUUGACUACUGGAAAUCAAUGCUCAAUUGCUCAUCUUCAUAUGAGAGUGAGUGAUGAAAUUAAUUCCUUGCAGAGGCAGCAGGGUUUAUGCAUGGUGUGUCAUCUUCUUUCGUCUGCCGAAAUUCUCACAGAGUGUAUUCAGGCGCGUUUGGAGUAUAAGCCAUGACUUCUACUGAUGUUCUCUCCUGCUUUGUACCGAAGAGACCCCAUUUUUUCAAGAUAAUCCUUGAGCAAACCAUUCAAGAAGGAAAGCUUGAAUUACCAAGAAAUUUUGUGAAAGAAUAUGGAAGUGCCAUUCCAAAAUCAGUGUCUGUCAGAGUCCCAAGUGGUGCUGUUUGGCAGGUAGAACUAUCCAGGUAUAAUGACAAUGUUUGGUUAGAACACGGUUGGCGAGAAUUUGCGGAAUAUUAUUCUAUGGAAUAUGGGCACUUGCUAGUAUUUGAACACGAAGGAUGUAGCCGAUUCAAUGUAGUUAUAUUUGAUAAGAGUGCCACAGAAAUCAACUACACACACUAUAGUUCUGAGGAUCAUGCUUCUAUUGAGAUGUUGGAUGAAUUCACUGUAAGCCCAAGGGCAAGAAAGAGGUCACCUUUACAUGUUCCUCAUCCUCACAAGAAGAUGAGAAAAUGGCCUUUAACAUCUGAGAAAAUUGCUGAAACUCUCCAGAGAGCCACAUCAGAAAAUCCAUAUUUCAAGGUGGUCAUGACACAAACUUCUGUGCGUAAAGGUUAUGGGUUGCGGAUACCAAUGGCCUUUGCCAGAAGGUAUCUCAGAGAAAAUCAAAGCGAUGUCACCCUCUGUGUUUCUACUGGGAGAACCUGGUCUACUGAAUAUCAUCACCAUAAGGAGCGAUCAGAUCAGAGGACAUUACUUUAUCGUGGCUGGCAUGAAUUUGUGCAUGACAACAACUUGAAAGUUGGUGAUGUUUGUGUCUUUGAAUUGAUUAAUAUCUCUGAAGUCCGGUUCAAAGUUUUUAUUUUCCAAGUUAAUGAAGAUCCCAACAUGCAUGGAGAUCCAAAGAUGCACUUGUCCUUAGGCCAUGGGAGUGGACCUAGUGGAGUUGAGCCCAAAAGAACCAGGGAGAAAUUUUUUGUAUCUGAUUGUGCUUGCAAGAAGGAAGUAUUAUGUCUUAAUUGUCUGAGCAAUUGGCAAGCAAAGAAAGUCAAGCAAGAGCUUGACUGCAUCGAGAACAUUUGCCAUCAAGAUUGUUGACCAAGGCUAAGAUGAAGUGGUUUUAAGGUUGCUGUUAUAUAUUGGCCUGUGAAUCUGUUCAACCAUUUGGUGUACUCGAACAAUAUCAAAGGUGAUGAGACCAUAUUUGAGGGAAAAUGAUGUGCAAGUUCGAAAUUUUGCAUCUUAGUCUGGUUAAGAGGAAUGCUGCUGUGCUACAGCUUCCCAUUUUCAGAAUGCUGGUGAAUGAUGUUGAUUGCUUAGUAUAUUGAUCAGGAGCACUUGUGUUUUGAAGUCAUUAGAUAUGUAGUUAAAAAUAAUCGUUCCAAGACCUGCAAUCACAUUUUCUUGUCCUUAACGGAUUAGGGCAAGAAAUUCCAUUCGGUGAGUGUGUGUCAAGUAAUAUAUGCUAGAUAAGAUAUAUGCUAUAUAUCUUCUCAUCUUCUUUGGUCAAGUUGAGAUUCACCUGUUACCCUUUUUAAUUAGUAGACAAUUUAUAUGCUACUUUCACCCUACACCCAUUUGCAUUUUGAUCAAAUGAGGACUCCCACAGAACUUGAAAACCUAAGCCUGGCUGAAAUCACUAUGGUUAUUAAUAGUUGCGCUCAGUUUCACAGAUACCUAUGUGUGCUUAAAGUAACUGUUUUCGGAGGUAUUGUUUAAGUGGCAACAAGCCUGCCUACCAGGAAAUCUCACUUGGUUGGGGAAGCAGCUCAUAUACAAGAUCAGGCCAGAUCCACUGACAAUGGAAUCCAAAAACCUCGGUUAUCAAAACUCAACUGGAACAGCACUGAACCUGCAAUUUCAAGCCCUCAUGGUCAGUCAGCAAUUGUGUGGUAUUUUCAGCCAUCAUGUCUGGUUAAGAGUGCUGGUAAGUAAAAAAAAUUUAGUUCUGUGUCUUGUCACUGGUCUGACUGCAACUAUUUACAUUAUUUUCAAGGUAGGUUUUAUGGUGGUCUGACUGCAUUUAAUUUCAGAAGUCUAAUUCUCAGUCAACAGUAGACUUUUGCAUGGUUUAGCUGAUUGAUUAUUGGUCAAGUGCUUGUUGGCAUAAAUUGCAUAUGUAUGCUUGACUGUGUUCAUCAAUCUGCUUGUGGACUUUGAAGGAGCCUGUCUAGAUAUGAGUGAAUAUUUAUUGACAUUUUUUUUUUCUGUUUCUUCAGUUUUACUUCGUCAUCACCAUCACCUAUAGAAAAACUUCAUCAUCACCAUCAGUAAUGUGGAAAUAAAUGCAACUGUCUCUUGUAGGUUAGGAUUUAUUGUGCAUAACUGCGUAUUUAUAUAUAUGUUUUAUAUCUGCUUUCAUCAGUCCAAGUUCUUAUAGAUAUUUCAAAGGCUAGUUUGGAGCUGCUGAACCAUGAGUUCUACUAGGCGAAGGGAUGAUGAUCGUUUGUUCUUUACAUCCAAGAGACCCCAUUUUGUCAAGAUAAUACUCGACAAUGAUAUUCGAACAAAAAAAUUUGCAAUACCAAGAAAGUUUAUGAAACUUUAUGGAAGUGAACUGCCAGACUCAGUGUGCCUUAGGGUCCCAAGUGGUGCAGUUUGGCAAGUAGGAUUAUCAAAACAUGGUGAAAAUGUUUGGUUGCAAAAUGGUUGGCGAGAAUUUUCAGAGUAUUAUUCUCUGGAUUACGGUCACUUGCUGGUAUUUGAACUUGAAGGAUGUAACCAAUUUAGUGUAUUUAUGUUUGAUAAGAGUGCCACGGAGACGAAAUAUCCAUACAAUAAUCCUGUCUGCAGUGAGGAG